AACGCCGACAACUGGGCCAACCUAUUGGACGCCACACUGCAUACGGUGUACCGGUUGGCCAAAGUCAAGACACUGACCAAAGGCCAGCGCGAGUGUGUGUCCGACUUUCUCGUCUCACUGACGCGGGAAAUGCAGCCCUCAAUGCUGUUACGAUUGCUACGCAAACUGUGUAACGACGUGUCAGUGCUGACCGACUACACCACUGUCGCCCUCCGACUCCUGACCCUACACUACGAGCGUUGCGCCAAAUACUACUCGAGCGGCGGUCAGGGCUCGUACGGUACGGCCUCCGAAGAGGAACGCCGGCUGACCAUGGUGCUGUUCAGCAAUAUAUUUGACUCAUUGGCCAAAAUGGCGUACGACCCGGACCUGUUCACGCAGUCGCUGCCCUGUCUGACAGCCAUCGCAGCCGCGCUGCCGCCCGACUACUCACUAACCAACAGUAAUUUGGACGAUAUUAUCAACAAAAACGGUGCCACUGACGGCCCGUACAUACCGGAGCCCGUGAACAUCGGAUCGGUUACACUAUCGGCCGAAAUGAUGAAUUUGGUGCAGAAGUUCUCUGAGCACUAUCACGACGCCUGGGCCUCCAGAAAGUUUGAAAACGGCUGGCAAUACGGCGACAGUUGGCAGUACCGCAAGAGUCACCCCCGACUCAAGCCAUACCAUCUGCUCAGCGAUCGGGAAAAGGAGAGGUAUAAGGAGCCCAUUAGGGACGCCAUCAAAGCGCUGUUGGCCAUGAAUUAUAAGGUAGAGCAGUCAGAGUCGGGUCAGUCGACGCUAACCCGACAAACGUCGCGCACAGAGAUGACCGCACAGAACAUAUCGAUCGCCGACUAUAACCCGCAACCAGUAGACAUGGCUAACCUCACGCUCAGCCGCGAUAUGCAGACAAUGGCCGAGAGGUUGGCCGAGAACGCGCACGACAUGUGGGCCAAACAGGUGAAGACCGAGUCACAGGCGCUGGGCGGCUGUAUUCACCCCCAGAUGGUUCCGUACGAUUUGCUCACCGAUCGGGAGAAGAAGAAGAAUAGGGAGCGAUCGCAAGAGUUGCUUAAGUUUUUCCAGUUCGAGGGCUUCAAAGUGUUCCGUACCGAAACCAUUACUGACCAAAGAAACAGAUUGGGUUCAGUGAUCAACGCGGACGGCGCCGCCGGACUCGCCGGCCAGUCGACUGAGUGCCGGUUCGCGUCCAGUUUNAUUACUGACCAAAGAAACAGAUUGGGUUCAGUGAUCAACGCGGACGGCGCCGCCGGACUCGCCGGCCAGUCGACUGAGUGCCGGUUCGCGUCCAGUUUGCUCGAGAAGCUGCUCCAGUAUCUGGACAUCACCACAAUGUCGCUCAAACUGUUGAAACCGUCGGCCAAUCACACGCGUCGCUCGUCGUUCAAACAGACCUCGCGUGACGUGACGUUCUUCAGCAAAGUGGUGCUCCCGUUGAUGGAGAAGUACUUCUCGGCUCAGCGCUCGUUCUUCUUGACCUCCGUGGCCGCCACUACCGGUCAAGUGGCGGUGAACGCCGGCAUUGCCACUGUCCGCGAGCGGGAACUCGUGGCCAACUUGUUCUGCAAAUUGGCCGCCUUUUUGCGGUCAAAACUGUCGGUCAUCGGCUUUGACGCCAAGAUAUCUGUGCGAUGUCUGCAGGUGCUAAUCCAAGCGACCGACGCCAAGACAAUCGUGAAGUACUCGCCGGAUUUUGUGAAGACAUCGAUGUUGACAUUCUUCAACCACACGGCCGACGACCUGAGCACAUGUGUAUUCAAUCUGCAAAACGCCCGCUUCUCGCACAUCAGGGGCACCACAAUGAAGACCUCGUCGUCGCUG